UCUUAUUUGCUUGGCCACAAAGUCACAGACGACACUAAAAGCGAGAAGAGGAAAAGAAACACGGACGAAGAGGACUGUAAGAGUGAAGGAAUGGAAACGCCAAAGACAAUCGCUCAUGAAAUCGGAGGGAUCCAAAACGACGCCCUUCGAUUCGGUCUCCAUGGCGUCAAAAGCGAUCUCGUCGGAGCUCACCCACUCGAAACCACCUACCAAUCUGCGAAGAAGAAUCGAGAGGAGAUGAGUAGAAAAAUCCUUGCAAACACAUAUGGCUCUGCCUUUCCGCUCAAGAUGGAUCUUGAUAGGCAAAUUCUUUCGCGAUUUCAGAGGCCACCAGGACCAAUUUCAUCCUCAAUGCUAGGGCUUGAGGCUUAUACAGGAAGAUUGGAUGAUUUUGGUUUUGAGGACUAUCUCAAUGAUCCUCGUGAAUCUGAAACUUUCAGGACGCCGGACAUGCAUCACGGGAUGGAAGUACGUCUGGGACUUUCCAAGGGACCCGUCUGCCCAAGUUUCAUGUAAUUCACUUGUCAAUUGAAGGAUGUCUUUUAGCGUCAAAGACAAUUUGAUUUAAGGCGUGUUGCCGAAAUCUGUUUUAGGUGGUUUGUUUGUUUUUUCUUUUUUUUGACAUUUUAUUAUCACUGUUGCACUUAUAUUAAUUGAAUUAUGGACAAAUGUUAAUUCUCUUUAAUGCAGAAUUUUACAAGUGAUAUCUUAGCGGAAAAA